AUGAGUUUAAAAACUUACAGCGAUAGCGAAUUUGACGUAAAAAUAAUCGUUGGAAAUGGACGAAAUACUAAAGAAUUUAAAGCACAUUCAACUAUUUUAAGUUCACGUUCUCUUUAUUUUCAAAGAGCUUUAUCUGAGCGAUGGAAUAACAAGGAUCAUGAUUUUUAUGUUUUUAAAAAUCCAAAUAUUAAUCCAUAUACUUUUAAAAUCAUUCUUGAUUAUAUUUAUAAAGAAAAAACCGUAUUACGAGCAUCUGCCGAAACUUGUUUAAAUUUAAUUGCUGCAUGUGACGAACUUGAACUCCUUAAUCUUGCGGAAUGUGCACAGGGACAUUUAAUUAAUAAACAUUCUUCUUGUUUGUAUGAUGAUGAAGAUAUUACAAGUUGGUCUGAUAAUCAAUUUGAAGCAUUAAAAGAAACAAUUUCUCAAUGCAUUCCCUUAAUUCGUUAUUGUCAUAUUCCUAAAAGCUAUAUUGAUAAACAAAUUAAACAAUAUCAUUUAGAUAAUAAUCCAUCAAAUCCAAUAUUAAGUAGAGUGGUUACAGAAAGAACUAAUAAGGCUAUCUGGAGCGAUAAAUACCAUGGGCCUUGUUUUGGAGCUUUAGAUUUACAUAUGAAUUUAGAUUGUUGGAGUUAUGCACAUACGGAUUACUAUUAUAGUAUAACUAAUUCGGAUCAGUUUACUGUUGAUGAAUAUGAAGUUUUUUCAAUUGAUAAUCAAAGAACAAGUGUAGUGCUAAAAACGUUUCUGGAGUUUCUGGAGCUGAUCAUUAUCAAAUUCCGACUUGCUCCUUAUUUGGUCACUAUAUUUUUAUAUGUUGGGGUCGUUGACUCAAAUUUUUUGCAUAAAUUUGAAUUUAAAAAAUUACUUUUAAACGAUGAUGAUGAUGAGUGUAAUGUUAUUAUUGAAGUUGGAGAAUCACCAAAUAAUCAAGUGUUUAAAGUAUAUUAUAAAAUUUGA